AUGCGAAUAUCAGUGCUCGGUAUUCUUUUCAAUUAUAUUAGCAUCGUGUACGGAGCCGCGGGAUUGAAAACUUACGAGGCGAAUCCGGAUACAAAGAGGCUUUACGAUGACCUACUGUCCAAUUACAACAGACUCAUACGUCCUGUUAUCAAUAACACCGAAACCUUAACGGUUUGGCUCGGCCUAAAACUGUCACAGUUAAUCGAAAUGAACUUGAAAAAUCAAGUGAUGACCACGAACGUCUGGGUAGAACAGAAAUGGUUUGACUAUAAAUUACGAUGGGAUCCAGAGGAAUACGGUGGCGUUGAAAUGCUUUAUGUGCCUUCCGAAAAUAUUUGGCUGCCGGAUAUCGUGUUGUACAACAACGCCGACGGAAAUUACGAAGUGACGCUCAUGACAAAAGCAACGUUGAAGUACACCGGCGAGGUCUCUUGGAAGCCUCCAGCGAUUUAUAAAUCUUCAUGCGAGAUUAACGUCGAAUACUUUCCGUUCGACGAACAAUCCUGCAUCAUGAAAUUCGGUUCGUGGACGUACAACGGUGCUCAGGUAGAUCUGAAACAUAUGAAACAAGAACCUGGUAGCAAUGUGGUGGAACGGGGAAUCGAUUUAAGCGACUUCUACUUGUCAGUAGAAUGGGACAUUCUGGAAGUGCCAGCAUCCAGAAACGAAGAAUAUUAUCCGUGUUGCACAGAACCGUACUCCGACAUCACAUUCAACAUUACAAUGCGAAGAAAAACGUUAUUCUACACGGUCAACCUCAUAAUCCCAUGUGUGGGUAUUACGUUCCUUACAGUUCUUGUUUUUUACUUGCCAAGUGACUCGGGCGAGAAAGUAUCACUGUGUUCUUCCAUCCUUCUCUCGCUUACGGUGUUUUUUCUACUGUUAGCCGAAAUUAUACCACCGACAUCCUUGGCCAUACCACUUUUAGGGAAAUACUUGCUGUUCACCAUGAUAUUGGUCACUCUGUCGAUAUGGAUCACUGUAUGCGUCUUAAACGUUCACUUCCGAUCCCCGUCCACGCACAAUAUGUCACCAUGGGUAAGACAACUAUUCCUAAAUUGGAUGCCUCGGGUCCUAAUGAUGCGUCGCACGCCAUAUUCAACUCCGGAAUACGAUGACACAUAUAUGGAUAGUGGUUAUACCAACGAAAUAGAUUUUAGUAUUAGCGACUACCCGCUAGAAUUGAAAGGAAGUCCAGACGGAUUCGAAAGCGUCACCUCUCAAUACAAAAAUAUAAGAGAGGAUGACGCCCGGCAUUUUCCACACGCAUCAGUUACCGAUAGCGAAAAUACAAUGCCAAGACACUUAUCUCCGGAGGUCAUAUCAGCCCUGAAGGGUGUGCGUUUUAUUGCUCAACAUAUAAAAGAUGCGGACAAAGAUAAUGAAGUCAUAGAAGAUUGGAAAUUCGUAGCCAUGGUAUUGGACAGACUGUUCCUUUGGGUUUUUACAUUAGUGUGUAUCGGUGGAACGCUUUGUAUAAUAUUUCAAGCUCCUAGUUUAUAUGAUACAAGAGAACCUGUGGACCAACAACUCUCUGGAAUAUCACUUCGAAAUUACAUGUAUCCGAACGUAACAACCGUUGUGCCAAAGGAAUAAACUUUGACGCCUAACAAACGCCAAAUUUAUCUGUACGAAACAACGAUGUUACAUUGUUAAUCUUCUAUUUGUAUCAAUUUUUCGCAUUUUAU